AUAUAGUACUAUUAUACCUGCUCUUAUAAUAUAAUAUAAAUAAUAAUACCGCUUAUAAAUAAAUAAAAAAACAGUAUGAAAACAUUUUAGAAAUUUGGUCUUAAAAAAUAUCUAAUUUUAAGCUAUUUUGCUGUUGUUUUGGUAUAGUACUGUAAAGUAACUAUCAACUUUCUGACUACCCCUCAGAAAAAAUCUGUAACCACCGGGUAGAUGACCUCACCGGCCUGCCAUUCGUGUAAUCGAGUGGUUUUAGGUGUAGUACCGCAAAACGAUAAGUCAAAAUCGUUCACCGUUGUCUUUAUAGUAAUAGAGUUAUAAAUGUAUAAAUACUAAAAUACGCGUACUAUAUUUUACAGAUGUCUAAACUCCAAAAGCCAAACAAAAACAAUAAUAAUGAUCAUAUAAUAUUUAUACAUUUACACAUAAUAUUAUAAUAGUAGGCUAUUGUUGAUUACGUAGUAUUUUUAAUACGUAUUAUGUUAUAACAACAAUAGUAAAAUAGUAUACAAUAUUAUAUACGAUCGACAGCCGAUUCCGUUAUGAUAACAUCAAUACUAAUAUAUAUAUAUAUAUAUAUAUAAAAAUGCAAUGUAUAAAUAAAAACGUCUGAUGUCCCCCGCGCCGCCCCGAGCAACGAUGCAGACAGACGUGGCAGACAUAGCGACGACGACUGCGUCCGCCAAGGUCAACCGCUUCUCGUAUCUGCGCUCGUCCGAUGGUCAGCCGCCGUCCAAGGGAUUCGCAUUCGCUCGACGUCGACAUGUCGUCUUCAUUUGGUCGCAAGGUUUCCGACUGAGCACAGCCCAACACAUACGACUUGUGCACUGUCCUUUGCAUUUAAAUUUCAAUAAAAAUCGUAACGCUUUGUGAUGGCUGACUUGCUGGUGGACAUGGACUACGCUAUAAUGACCAUCAACUCGCAGAUAGUGUACAAGCCGACCAGCCAGCGCGAUGACCCGGAGCCCGACAAUGACCGCGAGGUGUACGUGGGUAACUUGCCGCAACACUACACCAUUGAGAAGUUCGUCAACUUUGCUAAAAAAUGUGGUUCAAUUUACAGCGUACGACUACUGAAAGGCAGUGGAGGUUUGAAUAAAGGUUUUGGUUAUAUAAUGUAUAGAAGUUUAGCUGCAGUUGACAUUGCCAUAGAAACGUAUAAUGGAACAUUCCUGACAGAAAGUGAUACUAAUAAGCCACUGAUUGUACAAAAGAGCUUACGUAAUACAAUUAUGAUGAUCUAUGGACUAUCACAGAGAAAUAACAAUAAAUACUAUAUCAGAACUGAAAUUAACUAUUUUGUUAUCAAUCAUCCAUCACUGUUACUGAAAUUUGAAUGUGAAGAUGAUACAAAGUUAUUCAUAUCUUUUAAAUCAUUAAAAGCAGCACAAAUUUUUAAGAAAAAACUAAAAGAUGCAUUUAAUAUGUAUGGAGCUAAAAUGUAUUAUUUUAAUGAUACAGAAAAUUGGUUUAAAAAAAAUGAUAAUAAUGUUCUUCCUUUUAAAAAGAGAGUCAUAGCUUAG